UGCUUUAUGAGGAAAAAGCAAUAAGCUUUAAACGGCGCUUCCCAUCUGACAUAUUCCGGCCUGUUUCUACUAUACAUAGAUACAUACACAUCACUUGUAUCUAUAUAUGCCUGUGUCUCUAUAAUUGACUACAAAAGCCAAACCAGUCAUCAAUACAAAGGACAAGGACAAUAAGUUGACACCCACCACUCCUGCUCACACACAUCAAUACUCCCCUUCCCUCUCUCUCUCUAAAUAUAUAUUUACCCCUACUUUCUCUCUCUAAACUUCUCUCUCUAGAUAAGAUAUUUGGGGCUGUGUUUGGUUUGAAUUUUUUUUUGUUUGUUGAAGCAAGGUAUGAAAGCUGGGCAUGGAGGUGGAUGAAUUUCAAAGACAGGUGAGUAAAUUCCAAAGGGUUUCUUCUAAUGGUAGUACUACAACUACUGAAACUUCUACAAAUCCGCAAAAACUAGCUACUAGAGUAGGGAACUUUGAGGUACAAAACCACGUAGAUGACGGCGGCGGCGGCGGUGGUGGUGCUACUGGUGCCGGUGUUGGUGGAGGAAUUGAUGUGGUGGUAGGCGGUGGUGGUGGCGUUGCGCGCUUCUGUGGAUGGCCUUCCUCUAGAAUAGUUAGGGUUUCUAGGGCUUCUGGAGGAAAAGAUAGACACAGUAAGGUUUUGACAUCGAAAGGACUUCGGGACCGCCGUGUCCGCCUUUCGGUGGGCACCGCGAUCCAGUUUUACGAUCUGCAAGACCGGUUAGGCUAUGAUCAGCCUAGCAAAGCCGUAGAGUGGUUGCUCAAGGCGGCGUCUAGCUCUAUCGAUGAGCUUCCGUCCCUCGAUCUGCCAAUAUCCGGUUCAAUCCCCGACCACCACCACUACCACCACCAGACAAGUAACCAAAAGAAGGUACUGGGUACAGGUACCGGUACUGGUUCCACUUUAGAAAAUCAUGACCAACAACUUGAGAGUAAUAAUAAUGCUACACAGGCGAAGUCGCCUGUGUGUAGUAGCACUUCCGAAACAAGUAAGGGGUCAGAGCUCUCGCUGUCUCGAUCAGAGAACAGACUCAAAGCUCGAGAACGAGCGAGAGAACUGGCCUCUUCGAAAAAGGAGAAGGAAAAAGAGAAAGAAACAGAUUCAACUAGGGUUAGUAUUUUGAACCAGAUGGACACCAACAAUAUAUCAAACAACUCAUCUUUCACAGAUCUUCUCACCGGCGGCCGCUCACCGAUGGAAUAUUUCUACAACCGCCCGCCUCAACAAACUCAAACUCAGUUGUUUCAACUGCCACAGUUCAACAUAACCACUGGUGACAACAAUAACCUGCAUCAGUUCUCUUUCUUUCAACAACAAGACAACUUAAACUUUUCAAUGACGUCACCGUCGUCUUCGUCCGGUGGUGUUGCUCCAGGUGGUUUCACUAGGGGGACCCUUCAGUCCAAUUUACCGUCAUCGGUUUUGCCUCAUCAUCACCACCUUCAGAGGUUUCAACAAUCUGCAAUAGACGGAUCAGCGUCAUCGAAUCUUCCGUUUUUCAUUGUUCCGAAUAGCGGUGUUGAUCAUUUUCAGUCGACAGGCGGGUACCCGCUUAGCUACGGCGGAGGAGUAGAUCAUCAGAAAGAUAAAGCUAAGAACUGAGAGUUGCAGCAUUGGCCUCUUUCCCAAUUUGGUCUAUGGUAUGGAAGAUGGAGAGAUGAUGGCGAAAUCACAAGAGAGAGGUCGCAGGGUUUUCUAAGGCGAUAAAUCUAUUUAUCAUGACAAUAUAUAUAAGUUAUUUGCAGUUGCACUGACAAUUAUUGAUUUAUCUAGAGGAAGGAUAACAUUGUACUUCCCUUCCUUUGGAUUUUGUAACUUUUAACUGCCUGCACUGGUUUGCUUGUGUUUUGUUGUGAGAUAGAUAAAUGUGUGAGAUUCUUUUUGCUAUUCUUCA